AUGGCCUCCGUCAUGACCAUAAUUUCUCCGACCAUCACCAAUUUCUCGUUCUUCGACUCUCCGUCUUUCAACUUCACCGACACCGAUUUGGACAUUAAUUCGGCCGUGAACGCGGCCCAAGUCCAUCGAUGCAAAGAAGAAGCCUUCCGGGUCUACAUUGCCAUCCUCGUGGUCACAACUGCUUUGUUCGGGCUGUUGGUUUCGCUAUACGUGUUCUUCAUCUCGUUGGUCAAUAUUCGCGGCGAUUAUCGAUUAUUCGUUGCCAAUUUAGCUUUUGUCGACAGUGUUUGUGGUGAGUUAUAUUGAAUCAAAUCAAACAGCAACCAUAAGUUGUAAAUAUAUAAUUUUUCCCCUUUCAUAACUAUAAUAUAUUUUAGCACUCCUCUACGCAUUUAUGGGUUAUGUAAACUUGUCCUCUCACUUCCACAUUCCAAUCAGUGUCAUGUCCUACUCGGCCUUUGCAUUCUACGGUUCCUUCGGCGUUAUGAUUUGUGCAUUAGUUCCGGUUUCGUUGAGUCGAAUUGUUGCGGCGUCCAGGCCGCGGACAUACGAUCGGAUCUUCUCUGGUAAGCAGUGAAACCGUCUGUCAUCAUUUUGAUGACUAAUUUCAUUUACAGCAUUAUCUUUCGUUAUUGCAAAUUUCCUUUUCAGGUUACCGCGCUUUCGUUGUAUGUGCAGUAAUGGACUUACUCCCAGUGAUACUGUUGAUUGUGAUAUCGAAUGCUCAUCAUGACAUUGCCCGAUGGCUCUUUUUCGCGUAUGCCUCACUUACCGUUGUCGCCCAUGUUGUUACUUUUGUAUCCAAUUUCCUCGUGUUUUGGUUGGUCGCCAACCACAUCAAAGUAGUGCAAUGUCUUCAUGAUCGAACGAGAUUACUCGAAACAAGACAGGUAGCGCUUGCAACGCUGGCUCAAGCUGUCGUGCCUAUGAUUUGUCAGGUGAGUAGAGAAGCUCAUUUUUGCCCCAUAGGAUAUCGUUUUCACUUAAAAUCAAUGGAUUUAUUUCGGUAGUAGAUACGGAAAAAUACGUUGAUGGAACACUUCGCUUGCCAAAAAGCUUUUUUUCAGGUCCCCGCCUUCCUCGCGCUUUCCUCCGCCCUCCUUCUCAUCGAGCCCAUCACUCAUCAGAAUGUAAUCGUCAUCACUCAACUUUGGCUAACCGCGUCGCCUCUUUUGGACUCACUGAUCACAUUAUUCGUAAUCAAACAAUAUCGGAUACAAACAUUGGCGUGUGGCGCUGUUUUCUUCCAGUUGGAUCGAUGCUUAGGCCAGCCAAAAACUCCGACGAACAGUCUGGAGCAGAAUCAGAUGAGCUCCUUCUUUCUGGGCUUGCCAAAGACUUUCCGGGCUUCUUCAAAUUUGUAG